CUCGGCUCUUCUCUUCCUGAGCUCACUCUGUCGUUGGCGUUCGCGUUGACUGGCCAGAGUCCGCGAGCUGAACACCCUUAUCUUUCAUUUGAUCUGCCACCUUCCUAUUCUUUCUCUCUCUCUCCAUCCAUCUCUGCAGCUAUCCAUCCAUUCAUCUCUGCCCGGCCCUCAGGACCUGACUGGUCUUAUCUCCCAGCUCACCCACCACUGGUCCCUCGCACCUCUUCCUGGUCUGUUUCUUACAUCUGAUUGGCCAUGGCAUACCAUAGUUUCCUGCUGGAACCAAUUAGCUGCCACGCCUGGAACAAAGAUCGUACCCAGAUCGCCCUGUGCCCCAACAACCACGAGGUCCACAUCUACAAGAAGGAUGGGACCAAGUGGACCAAGCUGCAUGAGCUGAAGGAGCACAAUGGACAAGUGACAGGUAUCGACUGGGCUCCGGACAGUAACCGUAUAGUAACUUGUGGAGCGGACCGUAACGCCUACGUGUGGACCCUAAAAGAGGGCUCGUGGAAGCCCACCCUGGUCAUCCUCAGGAUCAACCGUGCUGCUCGCUGUGUGAAGUGGUCGCCACGAGAGAACAAGUUUGCUGUCGGCAGUGGCUCUCGCCUCAUCUCCAUCUGCUACUUUGAGCAGGAAAACGACUGGUGGGUGUGUAAGCACAUCAAGAAACCGAUCCGCUCCACCAUCCUCAGCCUUGACUGGCAUCCCAACAACGUCCUGCUGGCUGCUGGAUCCUGUGACUUUAAAUGCAGGGUGUUUUCCGCCUACAUUAAGGAGGUGGAGGAGAAGCCCGGGCCUACUCCCUGGGGCAGCAAAAUGCCGUUCGGGGAGAUGCUGUUUGAAUCCGGUGGCUCUGGAGCAGCCGAUCAGACCUCGGCUGGAGGAGGAGGUUGGGUGCACAGCGUGUGCUUCUCACACUCCGGCAACCGCCUGGCCUGGACCUCCCACGACUCCACUGUGUCUGUCGCAGAGGGAGGCAAGACCGGCACGGUGAACAGUCUGAGCUCUGAGACACUCCCUCUGCUGUGUGUCACCUUCAUCACUGAGAACAGCUUAGUAGCAGCUGGACACGACUGUUACCCGGUGCUGUUUGUGUACGACGGUGCCAAAGCCAGCUUGACAUUUGGUGGUAAGCUGGAUGUUCCUAAGCAGGCGGCCCAGAAGGGCAUCAGUGCCAGGGAACGUUUCCAGAACCUGGACCGCCGGGCCUCGGAGACCCAGAGCACCGAGAAGGACCUGAACACCCUGCACAAGAACAGCAUCAGCCAAAUCUCAGUGCUGGAUGGAGGACGAAACCAGUGCACCAAGUUCUGCACCACCGGCAUGGAUGGAGGGAUGGGCAUCUGGGAUGUCAAGACUCUGGAGUCUUCAAUGAAGAACUUAAAGAUUGUCUAAAGUAAAGUUUUUACUAUCAGUUUCUGGAGAUAUGAAGAAAAACUUCUGCCUUAUUAUGCAAAGCUUCAUGGCCUUAUUUUAAUCAGGUAUUUUUUUUAUAUACAAGUUAAAACGAUCAGACUCAGGUCACUGUUUGUAAUCCCUCUGAAGCUCUUAGCUGAGCUCGUUAAACUCAACACUGUAUACAGAGGGACUGGCUGCAGGUCUGCAAACGGUACUCCGUGAGUUAGUUUAGUAUAAUCAGAGAGCUUAAAGCUGGAAUUUUAUAUUAAUCUUGGUAAAAGGCUUCAGUAUGUGUUAAAGCUUAUGCUGGUCAUAAUAUGCAUUUAAUAAAUGAUGCUGUUACAGUGCUCAACAAUGUCUGGGUUAUUACAGUUAAUUUACUAUAGUUCUCUACCUGCACUUUACUUGAGUAUUUUCAUUUUAUGUAACUUUAUACUUCUACUC